GGUGAGGGAGGCGGGGGCCUCAGAGUGGAAGGAGGGAGCAGAAGGGCGGGGCAAGAGGCCCAACCGAGGACAGACUCCAACUCUGACUUCUUCAGCGACUCUCGAGACUUCCCGAACCAAGCCGUCUUUCCUCAGACCUUACAGUCCUCCCCAGCCUUCCUCUCUGACUUAGAGAGCCAGACCCCAGCCCUCUUCCCCCAGGAUUGAGUGCUCCAACCCUUCGAAGGCUUGCCUCUCCUGCUCUGAGCCAGCAUCUGGCAGCCAUGUCACUCCUCCUGUUGGUGGUCUCUGCCCUUCACAUCCUCAUUCUUGUCUUGCUUUUCGUGGCCACUCUGGACAAGUCCUGGUGGACUCUCCCAGAGAAGGAGUCCCUGAACCUGUGGUAUGACUGCACGUGGAACACCACCGCUAAAACGUGGGCCUGCAGUAACGUCAGUGAGAACGGCUGGCUGAAGGCAGUGCAGGCGCUCAUGGUGCUGUCUCUCAUCCUCUGCUGCCUGUCCUUCAUCCUCUUCAUGAUCCAACUCUACACCAUGCGGAGAGGAGGGCUCUUCUACGCCACCGGCCUCUGCCAGCUCUGCACCAGUGCGGCUGUGUUCUCCGGGGCACUGAUCUAUGCCAUCCAUGCUAAGGAGAUCCUGGCAAAGCACCCGAGUGGAGGCAGCUUCGGCUACUGCUUCGCCCUGGCCUGGGUGGCCUUUCCACUCGCCCUGGUCAGUGGCAUCAUCUACAUCCACCUGCGGAAACGAGAAUGAGCGCUGUGUCCCCCUAGAAAAUAAAGCCCUGUAACCACAAG